CGACUCUCAGCCACAAGGUGCUAAUCCUGUGUGAGAGGGACCCCCGCACCGGGCACAGGGGGAGAGAUAAGGGGCACAUCCCUAAUCCUACUCCUACACAGAAUGUGUUUGUGUUCUGGUUGGAUCCAUUAACCCUUUAUGCUCUGGGUGAGGUUACAAAGUGCUGACUGUCAGCUCCUUGCCCUGCUGACUGGUCACAAUCCUUUGCACGGGGAGACAAUGGGGGCAGAGUCACGGCAGAACCGGACCACCACGUAACCCUCAUUACUGGAAAACCUGGGGAACUGAAACUGGGAUUAACUGGGAGGUUCUGCUGGAGUUCUGAGUUAUAUGAGAUGGAGCGGUGCCGGGUCGCCGAGGAACGGGUCGUGUCACUAGGCACCUGUUGUACUGUGCCAAAGUACUAACCGCAUCACUGGAGCAAGGCGCUGGCGCUGUGCCACCCUGAGCUGCAGGGAACAAAGGUCCAACUGCACCCACUGCCACUGGGAACCCAAGGUGCUGGGCACCUCUCUGCCCGCCAUGCGCUCACCUCUCUAUUAUCUGCUCCCUGUUAUGGGGGGCUACGCAGUCACCUCCUAUUAUCUGCUCAAGAACCCCCACCUCCUCCACAAGAAGAAAAAAUUACCCUUCUACUGCCGGCACAUCUCCCACAGAGGGGGAGCAGGCGAGAGAAUAGAGAACACCCUGGAGGCUUUUGACAAUGCCAUGUCCAAUCACACAGACCUCCUGGAGCUCGACUGCCACAUCACCAAGGAUGGGAAAGUGGUGGUCUCCCAUGACCUGAACUUGCUGAGGCAGACGGGGCAUGAUGUCAGCAUCUGUGACAUCACAUACGAGGAGCUGCCACUCUACAGAGAACAUCUGGAGGUCACCUUCUUCCCAGGGCAUUACUCGUCGGGCAGUGACCGGCGGUUCCCACUGCUGGAGGAGGUGUUCCAGAGGUUCCCCCAUAUGCCCAUUAACGUGGAGAUCAAGGAGGAGACCCCUGAACUGGUUAAAAAGGUGUCGGAUCUGGUUAAACGGUACCAGCGCUCAGAGAGAACCAUCUGGGCCAGUGAAAAGGAUCCAGUUAUGAAACUGUGCCAGGAGGAGAAUCCUGACAUGCCAAUCAUGUUUACCGCACGGCGGGGUUUGAUGUUGCUCCUCCUCUUUUACACUGGGCUCCUCCCCUUUGUGCCUUUGCGGGAGUCUGUGCUGGAGACCUACAUGCCGUCUAUUAUAAACAGAACCUACUUCCCCCACAGCCGAAUCAUGAGAAAUCGCUUUCUGGUCUUUCUGCAGGAAAAAUUAAUGAUGAGAAAAGGUCUCUUCCAGCACCUCCAGGCAAGAGGGAUCCAGGUGUAUCUCUGGGUUCUAAACCAAGACAGUGACUACCAGAGAGCGUUGGAGAGCGGCGCAGACGGCAUCAUGACCGAUUACCCCUCCAAACUGCGCUGCUUCCUGCAGAGACACGAGGGGGCUCAGAGGGCCGGGAGUGGGGCCCGGGGCCCUGUAACUGCUGACAGGCAGGGCAGCUCCUACUGAGUGGGAACCGGCAGUGCACUAGUCAUGUGACCUUACUGCGCCGCAACUGGUGGUCUCUGAGCCUGGGGUUCGACUGGCAAAGCCUCUGGGGUGUGAGCCAAUCCCAGACCUUCUGCUUCACACGGAUACAGAACCCCCCCGUCCUGAUGGCAAGUGGGGUAAAUUGGAAGCACUUUCCUGGCCACUCAGAAAUGCUUAGGACCCCCCAGAAUGGGCGUGGCCAAUGGCCCCAUGUUCGUCCCAUAAAAAGGAAAGAAAAUGUUUGAAUGUGAUUUUUAUUAAAUAAACACAAUUAAAUUACAUAUAUAUAUAUACAGUAUAUAU